ACAAAAAAUAAUCAGCUGGUAAACAGUCAUUUACCUGUACCAGUUCGCCUUGAACGAAAGAAAAACAGAAAGAGACGCUAAAAUCGUCAAAUUUUGUUUUGUUUUUGAUAGAAAUGGCGGCGAAAGAGCAAAGCAUUAAAAACAAAACAUAAAAUAACAAUACUGGCAAUGCUUACCAACAGUACAAUCUUGAGUAUUAAUUAAAAAUGCAAAAAAGUGUUUCCAUUUUAAUAAAUAAUACAUUUCAUGAACUGUUAUAAACAAUAAAUUUAACACAGCAAUAAUAACAUUCCAUUCUGGUUACUUGUUAUUUUUUAUUCUAAAAUACUCAUUACUUGGAUUACUCUCAACAUUAUGCAUCACUAUUAAAAUACAAACCGGAUUUCUGCAAACAACAAUAAUUUCCGUUUUGUAACCUCAAUUUCAAAUUGUAGCAAGACCGUUAUUAGCCAGAGGAAAAGAUGAAUGAUAAUUGCUUGGACAAUAUGAACAUGGAUAGCUCAGAUUUCGACAAUACAAAUCUGAACCACGCAACCUACGACAACAAUACAAAUUUACUCAGCAGUAGCACUUUGAAAAAUUCAACAAAUUACGAGGAGCAGCAGAAAAGGAAACGUAGUUUGGUGUGGAAUUUCUUUGAGAAAGUGGGACUCAAAAGGGUGCGUUGUCGUAUUUGCAAUCAUGAACAGAACUAUCAGGGAACAACUGGUAAUAUAUUGAGACAUUUGAAAGCUCGACAUGAUUUGGAUGUAACUUUAAAAGGACAACAGGAUCCGCGUAAUAUGCAGCGUAUCAAUGAAUUGAGUAACAUGUCUUUGCCCUUAGCAAGUGAAAUGAAUAUUGAUCGUAAACCUACCGUACUGCCAAAAAUACGCAAGAAAUCAGUGAGUAGUGAUACAUCCGAUACACUAGAUCCUUAUAAUGACCAUGAAAAUAACACUAAACAAGAGAAUUUCGAAAAUGAUAUGUUUUACGAAAGCAUGCCUGAACUGCAGGAAGACUGUUUAGAAGAAUCCUUAAAUGUUAAGCUAGAUGAUCGUAAAACUGCUAAACGAAUUAAAUUGGAAGAGGAUCGUAUUGUAGCCGAAACGGAAUAUUUUCGCGAAAAGGCCGCCUAUUUUCGCAUGCAGAAACAUUUUACGGCUCUACAGGCUAAAAAGGUUAAAUUGGAAAUAGAACAAAUUAAUUUAAACAAUAAAAAUUUAUCUUAAAUCAAA